CCUCACCAACCGAACCAACCUCACCACACCAAAAUUUGUUAUUGUUGUUCCUGGUAUCACAAUUUUAUUGUUUUAAUGACAUCUCGCCAAAAUUACACGUGUUACCAAUUAAAAGCAGGUCAUAGAAGAAAAUGCGUGACCCAAACUUAUUAUACAACACGAAGGCCGUGUUGAAAUACUUGAUAAACAAUGGAAACGCUGUUCAAACGGUCAAUACAAUUGCGUUGGACUUUUACAAUUACACCCAGGUUCACAUUCCAUUCUUUGAGCUUGGGUACAGCUUCUUGUUGACAUUUCUAAAAAGCAUUCCUGACGUCCUACAUGUCGAUCCGAUAUCGUUUGAAGUUCGUCCACCUGGUACUUUUUAUCGGUCCGUAUUGCCAAAUCCAUCACAAUUUGUGCACCGACCGAUGACAUUACCACUUAUAUUGCCGUGGAUUCAAUCGCAUAGUCAAGACAUUCAUGAAUCCACUUCUACAAUAUCCCAAUUGGGUCCCCGUACUUAUGGGGAUGGACAAUGUAGCUCAUCGGAUUCAAUUGCGACUGACAAUGAGGUAGAAUCUCAUGAACUAUACAAGCAAAAUCAAGGUGUAGCGCCUGCGAUCGUCCCGAAUGAUGAUCCGAAAAAUGACUGUGGCGACGUCGCCAUAAACGACAUCAAAAAUGUUGACGUUCGGUUCGACUGUACACCGUCAGAUGAUGAUUUUACUGAUGUGGACAAGAAUAUCAUCAAAAAUGUUGACAAAGGAGUUGAUCGGUUCAACAGUGCACUGUCAGAUGACGAUUUUACUGAUGUGGACAAGAAUAUCAUCAAAAACAUUGACAACGGAGUUGUUCGAUUCGAGUGCACACCGUCAGAGGAUGAUGCCAUUGGCGGGUUACAUAAAUCACAAUCAACCAGCUCCGUAGAUAUGAUCAGCGUGAAAUUCGAUGACAAUGCUCCGCCUCCCUAUUCAGCAGAAAAACUGUUCGACUAUGACUACGACUACAACUUAUCUUCACCGGAAGAAAAGGUUCCCAUACCUUCAGAGGACGAUGAGGAAGAUGAAGCAAUUCCCUUUAUGUUUGAUGACAAAAUCAACUUGUUGUCCAGCUGCUUCUUCAAUGGUAACUACGGCACUACUUUCAAAACAACAGAUAUUGACGAUAUACUCAAAGUCGGAAACGUCUACGAACUCUAUGUGUCCGAAGUGAAUAGUCCGUACAAGUUUUGGUUCCAGCUUAAUGAGGAGAUACCGAAUCCUGUCGAAGAACUACAAGAGCGUCUUAACGAGUGCUACGCCAUGACCGACUGCAUUCCGGAAUUGAUAAAGCAAGAGCAUAUGCAGAACGGUUAUGCUUGCGCCGCUUUGUACGCUAAGUUUUGGCACCGAGGUGAAAUUAUUGGACAAGUCGAAGAUGGAAAGGUGAGCGUUUUUUUCGUGGACUAUGGUACCGUCGACCAGGUAGCAAUCGGAGGUAUUCGAUAUUUGCUGAACAGUUUUUGCGUUCAGCCAAAACUAUGUCACCGUGGAACGCUGGAUUAUAUUAAACCAAGAAACUUAAGUCAACGCUGGACCGUUGAUGCGACAUCAUUUUUGAUCAGUUUGGUGGAAAAUAAGAAACUGACAGCCGGAAUAACAGAUAUCGACCGCAAGAAUAACUCAGUCCGCAUGUACAUAAUUGACACCGAGGCAAACAUUAACGUCAACUGCUCGUUAGUGUACGAAAUGUUUGCAUAUCCUGAAGAUCCACGGCAACACAUUGCUGACGUUGUACCGUCAUUCGAGGCCUUAGAAACAGGUCAGCAUGCAUCGUUCUCAAAAGUCGUCAAUCUUUUGCAGCACAAUUACGAUUACGAGGAACUUCUGCACAAAUCGGUCGUCGAGGAAUUUGAUUGCCACAUUCCCUCGCAUGUUUCGAAGGAAGAGGCAAACAAGCGGAUGAAGCAAUUUAUGACCAAAAAGGAAGAAGGAAGAAAGAUUGCGAAGGCACGUGACGCCAAACUGUUUUUGGAGAUGUUCAACAAUAUUAUAAGUAAUCCAUUUUUGAAUGGAACUCUCAGAGACAAAAUUGUCGUUAACACAACGAAUCCUUUCUCGGAUUGAAUAUGUAAUAUAAGAUGGUAUGUUGAUUAGAUUAGUAAGUUUGACGAGUGUACCUAUUUCGUAUAAAUAUAACUUUCUUACCAU